GCGUAUUGGUUGGAAGUAUUAGGUCUUAACAAAUUCUUUAGAAUACACCAAAGACUAUUCUUUGUCCAGUUAGUCAUGGAGCACAUUGUUAGAUGUCUGUUAGUUUCCUCUUUGAUUGUGAUGGUGUCUUGCAAAAGCGCUUUCCGAGAAAAGAUGUUCUUUCUCCAACGGCCGUCAGGAGAAGAAAAUAAGACUUUAUUAGUCGUUACUUGGUCCGAAGGAAGUCAGCCAGAAGCAACAGGCUGUGAAAUAUUCACAGAUGAGGAACUGAUCCAAAAUAUACUGAAAUUGUCACCAGAUCAGUCUGUUAAAAAACCAAGCCCGGAAGAAAUGAAGAGUCUUCUUGAGGAUUGCACAGAAAUUUCCAUUCGCAGAAAACGCAGCGCUGAACAUGAAACUCGUCGUACUGGAGAUGAUAGGCGUAUUUAUGCAAAUGAACCUCAUACUAGAAAUGGCAGACGAAGUCAUUCAUAUGAAUCUCAUACUGUAAAUAGCAGAAGAAAUGACUUCAAUGAUGGGAAUAACAGAAGAGUUGUAAUCAAAGAAAGUUGGUCGAAUGGCGAUAGAUCAAGCAUCAAUGAAAAUGGUGCAAAUUACGACAACACUGAAGAUUAUGAAAGCGCAACGAUGACUCCACCUAAUAAAAUGGAAGGUCCGAAAAAGGAAUCAUCAACCACAGAAGGAUAUGAUGGGUUACCUGUAAUUUUCCCAGGUACAAAAUGGUGUGGAGCAGGAGAUAUAGCAAAGAAUUAUGAUGACCUCGGUUUACACCAGGACACUGAUAGAUGCUGCAGAGCUCAUGAUCUCUGCAAUGAUACACUGGCACCAGGAGAAACGAGGAACAAUUUGACCAAUAAUUCACCUUUUACUAAGUUGAGCUGCAAAUGUGAUCAGGAGUUUUAUGAUUGUCUGGAUCGUGUUAACUCUGUCACUGCUAAUACCAUUGGUAAUAUGUAUUUCAAUUUGCUCAAGAGAGAAUGUUACAAGAAAGAUAAUCCACGUUCAUCGCAAUGCAAGAGAUACAGAUCGUUACUGAAGAUAACAUGCAAAGAAUAUGAAAAAGACGCAAAUGCUCCGGAGGUCUACCAGUGGGUGCCCGCUAAAACAUACAAGAAUUUACCAGUGCCUGGACCUUUUAGUGUGACUCUGCCUUUCUAAUCCGAAACUAAAGAAAAUAAAGAACUAUUAUGCUAUAAAUUCAAUCGAAUUCUCUGCUGACAUGGUUAGAUAAGAAAGGCUCCAAAUCAUACGACGUGUAAAUUCAAAAAUAUGUUGUUAUUAAAUGUUUGUUUGUUUCAGAA